AUGGAGAAUGAGAGGGAAAAGCUGAUUUAUGUGGCUAAGCUCGCUUAUGAAGCUGGAAGAUAUGAAGAUAUGAUGAAAUCGAUGAGAAAAGCAUGUGAACAUGAAGUGGAGCUAAGUGAAGAGGAGAGAGAGCUACUAACAAUUAGCUACAAGAAUGUGAUGGUGACUAAGAGAGAUUCAUUAAGAACAUUAUCUUUGAUUGAAAGAAUGGAAGUCUCAGUGGGAAACCGGCUAAGUUUGAAACUGAUCAAGAAACAACAAGAGAUUGUUAAAAAUGAGAAAGGAAAUUAUUUUCGAUAUUUGGCGGAGUUUGGUUCUGAUGAUGAACGUAAAGAAGCUGCGGAUAAGUCUCAUGAGGCAUAUAAGGUUGCAAUGAAGAUAGCAGAGAGGGGUUUAUCACCAACGAAUGUUGUUAGACUUGGCUUGGUUUUAAACUUCGCGAUUUUGUAUUAUGAGAUCCUUAAAUCUACUGAAAGAGCAUGUAAAUUGGCUAAUCAAGCUUACGAAGAAGCAAUUGCUGAACUUGACGGUGUUAACAAUCAAUCGCAUGAAGAUGCAUUAUUUAUCAUAGAGAUAAUUAGAGAAAAUCUUUCCGUGUGGAUAGACGGUAAGUAA